AUGGGUCAGACACUUUCCGAGCCGGUUAAAGAAAAACAUACAGUCUCUGGUCAUGAUGAACGUAUACUGUAUGCUUCGUCUGCUAUGCAAGGCUGGCGUAUUAGUAUGGAGGACGCGCACACUGCUACAUUAAAACUUCUUGAUAAAAAAGGAUAUAGUUACUUUGGCGUUUACGACGGCCAUGGUG